UGCCACGCCGACCUCCCAACAACCGGCGCCAACAAACCGCCACCUGGGUUGACACGCAUGGCACGUGACAUGCCGCGUGGAUCCAGCUGCCUCUUGCGCCUGGUGGCCCUCUUGGGCGGAACAUGCUUCGUAGCGCCCCAACUUUCGGGCCUGCAACGCCAGCAGAGCGCCAUUACCAGGCAUGUGGUGGAAGUGCCUGGUGGCUUGAAAAAUGGUGUCAAGAUGGUCAUGGAUGAUGAGCCUUGGAUGCUCAUGGGCCAUACCUCCAAGAAGCAGGGCAAGGGCGUGGCAAUCACCAAGGCCAAGGUGAAGAACAUGUUCACAGGCGCCAUCGUGGAGAAGACGUUGAAUUCGGGCACCAAGUUCGAAGAGGUCGAGACCACAUGGGAAGUUGGCACCUUCACCCACAAAGAUGAAGAUGAUGGCACCUACCAUGUCAUGGACAUGGAGAGCUUCGAGGACCGCACCUUAGAGGCCGACGUGUUGGGCGAGAUGGCCGAGUGGCUCCAGGAGGGGCAGUCCGUCGAGUUGGAGGUUUGGAAUGACAAGAUCAUCAGCAUGCAGUUCCCGGAUGACAUCAUCAUGGAGGUCACCGACAUCAAACAGUCCAAGGACAGUGGCCGCGAUCAGAUCGUGACCUUGGAGAAUGGUGUCUCCAAGCAGGCGCCUUCCUACAUCAAGGUGGGCGACAAAGUCAAGGUGGACAAGAAGAACUUCGAAAUUAAGAAGCGAAGCUAAGUGCGGGGUGGAUUAGAAUGACCUCACACAGCUAGCAAGACCGCUGAAGUAGAGAAUCUCUAGAGUGGAUUGCCAU